CCGGUCAGUUUUACAAGAGGGAAGAGAGAGGCUUUGGUGUAUAAAUAGUAAAUACUCUUUCCUUGCACUCUCUCGAAAGCCUCUUCGAAGUUUUGAUUUUUGAACACUCAUCUCUCAUCGCUCUCCAAAGUUCCACACCGGAAGCCGAAUCGAUCAAUUACAGCAAACACCAAGUAUGGCUACCGAAAAGUCGGUGGUGGGAGUGAUCAGGGCAGCGAGGCCGGCGUUUAGGAACAAUCACGACAAGGCAGCAUUCGUAGUUCACGCUUCCUUCCACGCCGCCGGCUACUUGCUCACCGCGACGGGGAUUCCCGCCUUGUCGGAAUCCGCUCUCUCUUCUACCUCCGCAGACGAGGUUGGGAUCGACCACUGGAACGAUGUUGAUGAAGAGUACGGCUUCGUGUAUGUGAACCCUGAGAACUUAGGAAAGAGGGUUUUGGUUAAAUGUUUGACGAUGAACGACAACCUGGUGGUUAGUGCUUUGCUUGUGGAUGCGGGUUCCAAUUCUGGGGCAGACCCUGUUCAUAUGGAAAUUAGUGUUAACGACUAUGUUGGCGAGAAUGGGGCCUCGAAUUACUCUCAGCAGUUCAAGAAGUUAGAUAAGCUGAUUUCCAGUAUCAACACCGAGCUCUUGUCUAAAUUGGGUGGCUCUUCCCAUACUGGCUCGUCAAGUGAAUCACAAAGUCAAACAAGUGAUUCAGGAGGGCGUUUCAAAAGUGAACCACGCACUGCGUGGCCCGACCCUACCCCUAAUAUUUAUCCUUCCGGAGUCUUAGGCCCUCGUGUUCCUCCCUUUGGCAUGGAUGAUCUUGUUCCUGGGCCUGGUGCUGGAAUAUACCCUGGAAGGGGUGGUUUUGGUGGCGAUGGCGGCAUGCUUCUAGGGCCUAAUAACCCUAGAUGGUAUGGUGGGGAUAACGGAGGGCUUGGUCUCCCUGGAGUACAACCGGGUGCUCUUCCUGGCGUCCGUUUUGAUCCUUAUGGCCCUCCUGGAAUUCCAGGUUUCGAACCAAACCGGUUUAAUAGAGGUCCAGCGAGGCCUGGAAGGGGCAUGGAUCCAGACAUUGAGCAGCCUGGGCGCGGCUUUGAUUACAUCUAAUAUUGUAUGGUGUUCUACAACAGCAGCAGCAGCAUCAGGCAGAUACCAUUUGGAUAAUAAUAGUGGUUCCUUCUCUUCUGCCCCCUUUUCACUCUAGACUGUUACUGUUUCGUGCCGGUGGAAGAUUUUGUGUUUGGCGUACUCCUGUUUCUUGUCACUAAUCAAAACAUGAAGCUAGCUUGUGUAUGUGCUUGUAAAUAUGUUGUUAGGUUUUUGUUUUGACAAGCUCAUUUUGGAGGCUUUCAAAAAGUUCGUUGCAACUUGCACUACUUUUUUAACUGUCACCAUUUCUUGUCGUAGAUUCUCUCUAACGAGAUGUUGGUGUGCUGGACAAGAGAUACAGAGUUCUUGGAUAGACUAGAGUUUAGGGAUGACAAUGGGUUGAGUAGGUUUUGCCAAACUCAAACUCA